CCAUGUACGUGAAGCUUCACAGGCUAGUGGAGAAAUUAUCUUUAAUGGAGAAUUGGAAGAUGGAAAAUGUGUUACUAUUCAAGAGGGUAAUUAUGAUAGUAGCUCACAACAGAUGGAAUAUGCUAUAUUAAUUGCCAUAAUUAAAAAGAUUUUAACAAUACUAGAAAAAUAUAAUAUCAAAUUAAAUGUUGGUGUUGAUAGAGACCUUUCUACAAAUAAAACUUUGGCUUUGUUAAAUGUAGUCAACUAA